CCCCCCUCUGUGUGCGCAGGACUGAGGCAGUUGGUUCGCUCCAGUGUGUCUGAGAGCCGCGAGUGCUAUGUGGGGCUGUUAUUUAGGUCUGUUACAACACGCUAGGAGCAGCUCACCCCGAGCAACCAGCACUGCAGAUCAGCCGGAGAGGGAAAGAGAAACAAGCAGCGUGAGAGAGAGAGAGGAAACGCUUACAAGAGCAAAAGCAGCGGGAUCAGGCAGCACGUAUAUCCUGAGUAGAGGAAUUCCAGCAGGGGAUUUAACGCUGUCGUAGCUGCGGGUGUUGUUAUUGUUUUUUUUGGUGACGCGAGGCAAUCGGAGGCGGGUGGGUGACAGGGACGCAUCAUGUUCGACUGUAUGGAGGCUCUGGGCAUGGGUCCCCGCCAACUCUACGAUGUCACCAACCGGGGUGCAUGCAUGCUUCGGAAGGCGAGUCCCUUCUACGCCGGACUGGACCCUUUCGCUUGGACAGGGACGGCUAGUGUACGCUCGGUGGAGACCCAGAGCACCAGUUCGGAGGAGAUGGUGCCCAGCUCCCCUUCUCCACCACCUCCGCCUCGUGUUUACAAGCCCUGCUUCGUCUGUCAGGACAAGUCUUCUGGGUACCACUAUGGUGUCAGUUCUUGCGAGGGUUGCAAGGGUUUCUUCCGUCGCAGUAUUCAGAAGAACAUGGUGUACACCUGCCACCGUGACAAGAACUGCCAGAUAAACAAGGUCACGCGCAACCGUUGCCAGUACUGCCGGCUGCAGAAGUGCUUCGAAGUUGGCAUGUCCAAGGAAGGUGACAAGAUGAAUCUUACAAAACCUGUCAAGAACAUCACCUCAAAAUCAAUGGAAAAAACUGUGCGCAAUGAUCGAAAUAAGAAGAAGAAGGACGUGAAGGAUGAGGUCGUUCCGCCAGAGAGCUACGAGCUGAGUGGGGAACUGGAGGAGCUGGUCAACAAAGUGAGCAAAGCACAUCAAGAGACCUUCCCUUCUCUCGGCCAGCUGGGAAAAUACACCACAAACUCAAGCUCAGACCACCGGGUUCAGCUGGACCUGGGCCUAUGGGACAAAUUCAGUGAGCUUUCAACCAAGUGCAUCAUUAAAAUUGUGGAAUUUGCCAAACGCCUUCCAGGCUUCACCACCCUCACCAUCGCAGAUCAGAUCACCCUCCUUAAAUCAGCUUGCUUGGACAUUCUAAUGCUGCGAAUCUGUACACGAUACACACCGGACCAGGACACAAUGACCUUUUCAGAUGGACUGACCCUCAACCGGACUCAGAUGCAUAAUGCUGGCUUCGGCCCGCUCACUGACCUGGUGUUUGCCUUCGCUGGUCAGCUUCUGCCCCUUGAGAUGGAUGAUACAGAAACUGGCCUCCUCAGCGCCAUCUGCCUAAUUUGUGGAGACCGAAUGGAUCUUGAGGAGCCUGAGCGUGUAGAUCGUCUGCAGGAGCCCCUGCUGGAGGCUCUGAAGAUCUAUGCACGCCGCCGCCGACCCAACAAACCCUACAUGUUCCCUCGGAUGUUGAUGAAGAUCACUGAUCUACGUGGCAUCAGCACCAAGGGAGCAGAAAGGGCCAUAACUCUGAAGAUGGAGAUCCCAGGCCCCAUGCCUCCUCUCAUCCGAGAGAUGCUUGAAAACCCAGAGGCCUUCGAGGAUCAGACCGAGUCCACAGAGAAGAAACCAGAGCCCGAACCACCCGCUCCUCCACCCGCCCUGCUCACUAUGAAGAAAGAGCAGGAGAACGAAGACGACAGCUGGGCCACAGAGAACGGCAGCGAGCCUUCACCGGAGGAGGAGGACGACGAUGACGACGAUGGGGAGGAGGAGAGGGGCACAGACAGUGACGGAGAGGCCUGGGCCGGCCAGGAACCCAAUGUGGAUGUGUCCAGAAAGAGCCAUGGAGGAAGAGCUCAGUGAGGAAGCUUUCUCGUUCCAGGGCAAACGCAGAGCCUUACCUGUACAGACACUCCUAACUCAGGCCACUCGGUCAACGAUGAGAGACAUUAGUGAGUCAAUUUGAGGAAACUCACAUAAAAAAACCUCUUCUCAGGACCUCUCCCGCAGAACGAGAGGGAAGGCGAAAGACAAAACAACUGGCUUUUCAGACUGCCGCUUUUAUAAAACUUGUUUGUUUGCUUUGAAAAGGAGAAGCCAAAUGGACGUAUACCAUUAACAGCUGACUUUCAACGGGUUCAAAACAAGUUCUUUCAAAAGAAAAUACAGGAUGAAAACUGAAAAUGCUUAUCCUUUGUUCUGUUGUUGUUGUUGUUGUUGUUGAUGAUGAUGCUUUCGAAUAUCAUUUUGACUUUUUCAGCCUUGAGAUAGUUUGUUCUCUUUACAUUUUAUGAAUAAGCCCAUACAUAUCUAUAUAUACCUUCAUAUAUUUUUUUUUUGUCCUGUAUUCUAUUUUCCUAGUUAUGUUUUGUUUUGAUAGCUUUCCUGGGCAGACCUACAGAAAGAUAAUCGGAUUGCUAUAACUGGCAGACCUCUGCUGAGUCUUUAUCCAGCUGCUUUGUUGGGUUCUUGGGCACUUUGGCUCAGCGUUAGAUGUCAUUGAUAAUCAGUUCAGUGGCUGGGUUUCUCCCGUCAAAUGAUCCGUGUUUUUAGGGGAAUGCCAUUACGUAUCGGCUUUCAUUACGUCAUAUGAUUCGCUGCCAAAUGAAUGGUGUGUCUGUGCCAAAGUUUGCAGCUUGUAGGGUUCAACUCCUGUCAGGGAGCCCAUUUCCACAUGUUCAUUACCUUCAAGUCUCCGCAUCAUGCACAUGAUGUCAUACUGGACCGGUUUCACUCAGAGCGCUCAGGCUGAAGUUAUGCAGCACUCGAGUCAAAUUAAAAAACGGCGAGCACAAUGUUGCACGUGUCAUCGCGGGAUUUGACCUCAUCGGCCUAGACGAUAAUUCAGGAUAGCUACACAAAUGGAUCUGGACGAUUUUCCGAAUCUCAUGUAUCAUGAUGAAAUGCAUACCUGUACUAACACACACACACAGAAACACACACACACACUUGAAAAGCAUGCUUGUUGUACUACAUAUAUUCAGAACUCUUGCUAUAAAAAAGAAAGAACAUGAAAUUCAGACUCAGGGCAUCUCUGUAAGGACCAAACGCUUGCUGUCUGGCGACAGCCUAGAAACAGGCAAUAUUUAUGUGUUAGGUUAUAGAAAUCCCGCCGUGUCACCAUGAACUGAUAUAAUUCUGUGUAUCUUACACAGUCAUUGCAGAACUUUCAUCUUCAUCUUAGAAGUAGAUUUGGUGGGUUUUUCUUUUUCUAAUUUUAUCUAAUAUUUUAGUCCAUUUUAUUGCCAAAAACACACAGUAUGCAAUUUGGUGGUCGUGUGCCACUGAACAUUAAAAGGUAUCAGUCUCAGUCAAGCAAUACGACUAUGACCAGAACUCAGCUGUGUGUGUGUGUGUGUGUGUAUGCGUGUGUUUGUGUGUUGAAUGUGAGGAUGGCUGCACUCAAUAAGCUGUAGUGUAGUACAUUGUUAAAUGAAUGUCAUCACGCUGGUGCUGUCAGAGAGUGUGUGAGCUGUCAUACUGACCUCUUCUCCUUCAGAGUUGCGCCACAGCCACACGUAUAGCAAGCGGAAUGUUGAGAUUAACUCUUUGUCAUAUUUUUCUUGUUCUCUCAACUUGGCUAAUGUAUUGUCAGUCCUUUGUUCGUGUUCAACAAAUUGUUAUAUAAAAAGCCAUAUAAACAAUAAGAGGCACAAUAAACUUUUUUUGAGAUACUCUC